UGCCUUUUCCCACUAGCCUCUCCGGUCCCACUAGUGUUUACACUCCGUUGGAUCCGCCACCAACCGAUCGCAUCUUCCAGACGAACCACGAAAUCCAACACGAAAACCACACAGGCACUACUGGAUGCACAUCUGAUUGUCAGUAGCUAUGGCACGGGACAAGUAUGAGGUUUCUGAGAUUGAUUGGGCAAAUCAAGACCCUGCAACUGUGAUUUACAAAGUUGGCAUUUAUGGAUGGAGAAAGCGAUGUAUCUAUUUUCUUAUUCUGCUUAUUAUGGUCUUAGCAGUCAUUAAUCUCUCAUUAACUAUUUGGAUCAUGAGGGUCAUGGAUUUUAACUGGGAAGGAAUGGGUAACCUGAGAAUUACUGACAUUGGAGUCAAACUUUAUGGACAUGCCGAGUUUGUGGAAUCACUCUAUGCAAAAGAGCUUAGAGCAAGAAUGGAUGAGCCACUCUUGGUUCAGUCAACUCGAAACCUGACUGUCAAUGCCAGGGACAGAGAUGGUAACAUCACAGCACAGUUAUUCUUGGGUGAUGACCAGAUUGUGGCCAAAAACAAGAGGCUAUGGAUUGUCACAGACGAAAAUAGACAGAUUCUCUAUGCUGAUAAGGAUAAGAUUAUCUUUAAUGCGAGCAGGCUAGAGUUCUCAAGUCCUUAUGGUGCAGAAUUCACAGGGUCUGUGCAGACCAAGGCUGUGAGGUCCCCUCCAAAAGAGCACCUCACUCUAGAGUCCCUGACUAGACAGCUACACUUGAAUGCUCCCGAGGGAAUCCAAGUUAAGACGGUGGCUGGUGGGAUCUCUUUACAAAGUUUGACAGAUGUCAAUAUCAGAUCCAAGAAAGGCAAAAUUACUCUUGACGCUCAGUCAAUAAUGUUGAAGAACAUUCCACUAAGUAAGCCAGCUUCUGGUGUUUCGUCCGAUGCGUGCGAGGUGUGCGUAAGCCAAGAUGGGAGUAUCUUCUAUGCUGCUGAUGGGAGUGGUUGUAAAGGAACAUGUAAUCUUUAGUUAGGGCUCAUAUUCCAACUUCUUGACACGCUCUAGUGCUAUACAAAUUUAAAGAUAUAGGGGCUAUUUCUGGAGUUUCCCAUUGGCCACGGUUUGACCACCGCCCGUCAUAGAAGAGACGCAAGGAUUCCUACAUAAUUCUCUUUUCAUCUUUUUCUUUGUCAUACGCUUGACAUAUUCGGAUCGUAGACUUUCAUAAAAGAGCUCCAUGUUUAAGUGUACUUUUAUAGGAGCAAUGUCUGGAUUAUUUAGCUAAUUCGCCUAAGAGUGUUACAGUGUAGUUGUGACCUGAGAAAAUAUUUUUAUCCAUUAUCUUUUAUAGGUAAAACUUGUCGUAUACCUAGUACAUAUGUCUUUGAAUUUUUUAGGAUAUGUGUUCUUUUUAUGUAAUUUUCAGUUGAACAGCAAGUCUAGUUGAUUACAAUUAGAAUAAUUAGAACAAGUGGGAAAAGACUGAAGUGUUAACAGUGUGUUCCUUCGUGGCGUAACGCGUGAGCUGCGAUGUCACGCUCUCAAUAGUUGUAAGUGAAGUGUGUGCGUUUUUUUAUAUAACUGAUUUUAUUAUAUACUCCUUGUUAGACACGGAGUCAAUUCUUCUCUCUCUAGCCUUGUGUAUACGGAGACAUCAAAGUUUGACAAAGUAUUUUGAGCUGCGAUGUCACGCUUUUAAUAGUUGUAAGUGAAGUGUGUGCGGUUUUUUUUUUUAUAUAACUGAUUUUAUUAUAUACUCCUUGUUAGACACGGAGUCAUUUCUUCUCUCUCUAGCCUUGUGUAUACGGAGACAUCAAAGUUUGACAAAGUAUAUGUGUAGCAACGGGAAAUAAUAUAGCAUUACCAUUGUCAAGUACAAAUUAAAAAGUUGGGACAAAGACUUUCAAUUAUCGUAACUUUAGUAGAUUAAAUACAGUCUAUCCCAUUACUGUUGUUCAAGAAAAAAUCCCAAAUAAAUAAAGGUUUACCCGGAAGUCUUGCAUAUAAAUUGUGAACUUUUCCCUUGAACAGUGGUAACAGGAUUGUCUUGUGUCUUAACAUAGCUAUAGAACUAUUUAAAUGCACCAUUUCUAACGACAUUUAUUUUGGAUCGUUUUUAUAAUAUUGGUUUCAGCUUUCAAUGUAAGAUGGUAAUAUACAACAUCGUAGGUGUAAAGAGUAAUAAAGGAAAAUUAUUUUCUA